AUGGUAAAUGGUUGCUUACUGGAGACAGAUAAUUAUAUUCGGGUUUGGGAGCUUGUAACUUCCUCCUUGAUUGAUGUUCUUCUUUAUGGAACACCAUGCACAGGAAUAUCCUUCAAUGAAACUGGAGAAUUUUUGGCAACUUGUCAUCAAGGAGAACAGGCAAUAUAUGUGUGGGCUAGCAAAUUACACUUCGUUGGUCGAGUACCAAUUUGCGCUUUGCCUAUUGACUACAAGCCCGUUUGGGGUCAAGAUAGAAGUAAGAGCCUCGAAAAUGCUAAUGGAUCGACUCUGGAUUUGGAGGCGCUUAACAGGCGCUUUUAUUUUUUGUUUGUGGAGGAGGACUUUGAGGAGGCGUGGAAGAUGUUAAAACUGAUGGAGAGUGAUGGAGUUGAGGUCAAGGAUUUGCAGGGCACGGAGACUAACGAGCCGUACGACUUCAACGAGCUCAUCGAAAAAGCCAACGAGUACUCCAACAAAGAUCCACCAGACGUCGUCGAAUUUUCGGAGAAGGCAUGGGGAGCAGCUGGCGUUCAAAGCGUAGAAGUUGGCGAUGCGUGGAACGAAGCCCAAAACUCGCGCUCGAAAUUCUACGACAUUGUGAAGCUUAUGGUGAAGGAGGCUCGAGAAGCACUGUUGGAGUCGAUCAAGGGAAUGGCUGCCACGAUUGAACAAGCAGGAAUGGCAGAUUCAAAUUCUUCCAUAAAUCCAUCAUUUCUCCAACUUCCAAAUGAGAUUUUGGUCCGAAUAUUUGAGAAUCUUGACUUUCGAUCGUUAAUCAAGACUACACGAGCUUACGGUGCGCAAAAGAACGCGCUUCCACACAGUCAAACCUUGUUUAUGAAUGGACAACGGGUUGAUGAGGAUUAUUUGAUAAGCAAAGAAUCGGAAUCCUCUGACGUUCAUCGUGUCUAUUCAACCGAUCCAUCAAUCAGUGUGGCUUUCAGAGCGAAAAAAUACCUCCAUCAACAGAUUGACUAUUUUUCAGCGAAAGGAAUCAAUCUCGACGAUCUUCUUGGCAAAUUUUUUCCAAAAUUCGAGCCUGUGUUUACUUGGCAGCCAGCAAUUAAGCACUUUGAACUGAACGAAGUCACUUUUGGAUCGACUUUAGUGUUUUGGGAAUGGAAAGAUGUUCUCGAAUUUUUUUCUCCAAUAAUCAGUUUCAAGCUGGUGAAUGUGACAGCGAAUUGUAAUGGGCGAUCGGAUAAAGUUAUUAAAAAGGAUUUGCUGAUGUGUUUGGAGAAACAUCAAAUCCCUCGUGUCCAUUUGAAUCGUCUCAAUUUCGACUUUGAAACGAAAGAUAAUACUGAACUAAAGUACAAUUUACCCAUUGAGUACUACGAGAAAGGGAUCUUUGUUAUUGACACCGAUUCGUUGCUUAACGAGCUUGAGAGAUGGUAUCUCGGGAAACGCAAAAUCGAGUACUGGAGAAUUGAUGUGAGUUCGGAGAGAGCUUGGAAACAUUUAAAAGAAUGGAUCAAUCAAAAGGGAACUCAUAUCAAGAAAACGCAGCUCGGAUUCGUUGUAACGGGAGCCGUCAAGAAUCAAGCGAAUCAAUGUUCGCUCAAGAUGACGAAGAAGAUUCUUGUCAAUGGCCUCGAGGUUAGCGUUAAGGAGGAGGAGUAUGGCGAGUUGGCUGGAUUGUUCAAAGAUGAUGUUCAAGUCGAAGAUGAUUUGGAAGGUUAUCAGAGCACGUUGACUCACGAGCAGUACGACUUCAACCAUUUCAUCGAAAAGCUCGAAGAAUACUCCAACAAGAAUCCGCCAGAUGUCGAUCAGUUCUCCGAAAAGCUUUGGGGAGCAGCGGCAAUUUGCGUGACGGAGUGCUUUUUGAAUGGCCCUCAAGCCUUCAAACUCACAAAGGCUUGGGAAGGCGCCCAAAACUCUCACUCGAACUUCUACGACAUGAGCCCUUGGAAGAAGGACAAGCGAGAAGAGCUGUUGAAACAACUUGCCCUUGAAACGAUCGACUUGAACAAGGACCCCUAUUUUAUGCGAAAUCAUGUCGGUACUUACGAGUGCAAACUUUGUCUCACUCUGCACAACAAUGAAGGUUCGUACUUGGCUCACACCCAGGGUAAAAAGCACCAAGCUAACCUGGCUCGACGUGCGGCGAAGGAGGCUGCGGAACAACCGUUUUUGCCUGCUCCUCAACAAGCAAAAGUCGAUAUCAAGCGAUUUGUGAAGAUUGGACGUCCUGAAAUGUCCUCUAUGGAAGUAGAUAAAUCGACGACGUUCAGUUGUCACAAUUUGAAAGAAAUACAAGAUAUUCUUGGCUACGACAACUUCGCUCCAAUCAUUGAACAAGGCUUGGGCACAUUGGAUUUCUUCAAAUUACUUCAUACGCUGUGUACAGAAAUUAAGGUCCUUGAUGAGUUACAAGAAAGUCCAUCUGCUAUUCAAUCACUUGACGAAGCGAAGGCUUUUCUUUAUGAACUUAGCGCCUUUCUGACUGAAUUGGAUUGUGGAAUUUCUGAUCUACUCUCGGGUUCAUUGGAGGAACGCUUUUCGUCAACAACUCGUCGUUAUGCACUUAUCGACUUUUUGAUUAACGAAUUGAAAGUUGCUCGUGUAUUGGCAGACGAAAAAUUAAAAGCUCCAGUAAAGGUUAUUGAUACUGCAUUGGCCCAGGAUCUUGACAGAGCUAUUCAAACGUUAAAGAUGCCAGCGCCUAAAAUAGGAGAUGAGCGUGAUAUCGUGGCUAAAAUUAUGGUUGAAGCCAACAAACGAUGUCAAGUGCUCAAAGACCCACCACGUCCACUUUUUACCGAAAAGAUGGAUGAUUUGAAGUGGGCAGCAGUUGAUCGGCUUUGUCAUCAAAUGUCUGCUGAUGUACGCGCUCGAAAUCUGUUACUUCUAAAGAGAAUCGAUGUAACUGUGAACUCAUUUUUAUGGGCCGAUAGAGUUCGAAAGCGAGAAAAGGAAAUUUUGGAUCUAUACGCAGAAAAAAGAAAAGAUAUGGCUAAGGGUUUUCCUCCGGAUGUAAUAAGCCUUCUUGCUUGUUCGAACAAUCAUCUACUGAUUGAAAGGCUCUUUUCUUUGGGUGGUCAGUGUAAUAAACCCGUUGUGUUGCUGCCAGUUGAGUUGCCAGUUUGCCAGCUUGAGAGAUGGUAUCUCGGGAAACGCAAAAUCGAGUACUGGAGAAUUGAUGUGAGUUCGGAGAGAGCUUGGAAACAUUUAAAAGAAUGGAUCAAUCAAAAGGGAACGCAUGUCAAGAAAACGCAGCUCGGAUUCGUUGGGACGGGAGCCGUCAAGAAUCAAGUGAAUCAAUGGUUGUAUCUUAAAGCAAAAGGCGGAUUUUUCAUUGCAUCAAAGAAUAGUUUUGGU